AAACCACGUUCUCUGGCUCAGCUGCUUUUCUUUUCUUACCCAGCCAGAAUGAAGGACAAUAGACAAGGUUAUGAGCGGAUGAUCAACACCGAUGAGAACGAUGACACAGACUUUGCUGAUAACACUGUCUAUAUCAGUCGCUUUGGUUCUCGUUGUCUCCAGGUGACCUGGAGCCUCGUUUGCCUACUAAUGUUUCUCGCGGGAGUUGUGAUGCUAUCGACUGCGCAAAGUUGGAAGUUAUCCGACCGUGAAUGUGCUGCCCAGCUCUCUAUUUGGUCCCCGCUACUUGAAGCAGUCGAAUUUGAGCAGCGGGACUGGGUCAGUAUAUUCGCCACGCAGAAUUCGGGAUAUACCGGUGCCCCUACCGAGCAGAUGGAGGCAAGGUGGAAGCGAUUAGUUGACGUGCCCAGUGUGGUUGUACCCCCUGAGCGCCUGCCCCUCCUCAACCGCAGCACUGAACAAGGGUUUGUGCCAGUGUCAGCCGAGUCACCCAUUCAGGGUUACGUGGCCGGGGUCGAGGUCUUUCAUCACCUUCACUGCCUCAAUGUUCUGCGCCAGUACAUUGGACGCGACGAAUAUCCGGAAGGGCGUCUUCCCCGCAUCCUGAAGCAGAAUUCCCCGCUGGCAAUUCGGGCACAUGUCGACCACUGCAUUGAGACUAUUCGGCUUGCGCUCAUGUGCAAUGCCGAUGUGACCCCAUACCUGUUGUAUGAGAAAGGGGGCGAGUCACCCUCCCAGGUGCCUGCCCGAGAAGAUUUCCAAGCUUUUCAUAAGUGUAAGAGGUUCGACCGUCUUUUGGAUUGGGUUCGUUUGAACGGCGUGGUGGUGCCGUUGCAUCCCAAGGGUAGUGCAGCCUAGCAGAGUUGGCCAUUUGCUCUGCUCGAGAGACAGUGAACUCUCUCAUUCCAUCUCAAUGCCUCUAUAUUAUCAUGCAGAGUCGCUAGUAAUUUGAUUAAGUAGAAACAGACGGCCCCGGAGCCUUGAGCAUGGGGAUCUGAAUCGACUGAAUCAGAACUACC